AUGUCCGCCGCCAGCCCCUCCGUCCUCCUCGGCUUCCUCUACCGCCAGUUCUUCAUCAAGCCGCCCUACCCCACGACCUCCUGGGCCGGCAAAACCGUCGUCGUGACCGGCUCGAACGUCGGCCUCGGCCUCGAAGCAGCACGGCACUUUGCGCGUCUCGGCGCGCAAAAAGUGAUCCUCGGCGUGCGCAAUCUGGAAAAAGGCGAGACGGCGCGAAAAUCGAUCAUCGAGACCACGGGAUGCGGUGAGGAGACGGUCGAGGUGUGGCAGCUAGACCUUAGCGCGUACGACAGCGUCAAGGCAUUCGCGAAACGCGUCGAGGGACUCCAGAGGCUCGAUGCGAUUGUCGAGAACGCGGGGAUCGCGACGGAUCGGUUCGUCGCAGCCGAGAGCGGGGAGGAGACGACGAUCGCGACGAACGUUGUCGCGACGUUCCUGCUCGCUCUCCUCGUGCUGCCGAAGCUGAAAGAGACGGCGCAGCGCUUCAACACGCGCCCGCAUCUCGUCAUCGUGAGCAGCGAGGUCCAUUUCUUCACGAAUCUCCCUGAGCGCAAGACCGUCGGCCCGAACGAAAACCUUCUGGCGAGCUUAAGCGAUAAGAGCAAGGCCCGCAUGGGUGACAGGUACAACGUCUCCAAGCUCCUCGAAGUGCUCGCCUGUCGCCAGAUCGUCGAGGAGCUCAUGCGCCCCGGCUAUCCGGUGAUUCUGAACUUCGUGAACCCGGGCCUCUGCCACUCGGAGCUGGCCCGCGAGAUGGGGCUGGGCUUUUACCUUUUUAAGCUUGCGGUGGCGCGCACGACGGAGGUGGGGAGUCGCACGCUGGUGCAUGCGGCGAGUGCGGGCGAGGAGAGCCAUGGGCAGUACCUUAGUGAUGCAAGGGUUUCGGAACCGGCGAAGUUUGUUAAGAGUGAGGAGGGGAAGGAGGCACAGAAGAGGGUGUGGAGGGAGUUGAGUGAGCGGCUGGAGCAGAUCCAGCCGGGGAUUAUGCGGAACUUCUAG